ACAAUUUUUUUUACUAACAAUUCCAACAUGGCUGCGAUCAGGAGUGGGAUGACUCCGGGUUGUCUAACGAGAUGUUUUUUAAGACAAAGUGGAAUAUCAAGUGCAGGCAACCCUUCAUUUACAGAGAGAUGGAACCAGAGGUUUCUACAGAGAUCCCAUCUUCACACAGUAAUAGAAUGCAGGAGUCCUACAACUAGAGCUGUUCUCGGUCGACGUCACAAUGGAAGGUUAUUAUUGGUCAGCGCGGUGUCCGUCAGGCACGACAGCUCACAGGUCCGAAGUGAAAGUAUUCCUACGGCAACUCCAGCGCUGGAAGCAUCCAUCGCCAGCCCUGUCGUCGUUGACCCCGCCUCUAUUACCACAGAGCCAAUCGCCGAGCAGGUGUUAGAGGCUGCGCCAACCGCAGUGGAUAUUCUGCAGGGGGUGGGAGCAGAGCUGAGCCUAUCAGAGCUGGGCCUGGGGAGCGCCACUCCGGUUGGCCUGGUCCAGAACCUACUGGAGUUCAUGCAUGUGGACAUUGGGAUGCCGUGGUGGGGAGCCAUUGUCGUAGGCACAGUGCUGGCUCGCAUCAUGGUGUUCCCGGUCAUCGUGAAGGGCCAGAGGGAGGCGGCCAAGCUGAACAACGUCAUGCCAGAGAUGACUAAACUCACCAACAAGAUGAACGAGGCCAAACAGAGCGGAAACAAGUUCGACUUUGCUAAGGCGUACUCUGACCUGACCAUGUUCCAGAAGAAACAUGACGUCAACCCUCUCCGUGGCUUCCUUGUCCCUUUGGUGCAGACUCCAGUCUUCAUCUCCUUCUUCAUCGCUCUCAGGAAGAUGUCCUACCUCCCCGUCCCCAGUAUGCAGACAGGAGGUUGCUUGUGGUUCUUAGACCUCACAGCAGCAGACCCUUUCUACAUCCUCCCCAUUGCUGUGACCGGAACCAUGUUCGCUAUACUGGAGCUGGGGGCCGAGUCUGGUGUGGACAACCCUAACCUGAAAGCCAUGAAGACAGUGUUCAGAAUCAUGCCCUUCGUCAUCCUCCCUCUCACCAUUAACUUCCCCACGGCGGUGUUUACGUACUGGAUGACGUCCAACUGCUUCUCCCUGGCCCAGGUGGGCCUGCUCAAACACCCUCUGGUCAGACAGAAGCUGAGGAUCCCAGAGAGGAUCGAACACCCUACCUCCGCCCUGCCCCAGAACGACGGCUUCAUCGAGACCAUCAGGAAGGGCUGGAAGAAUGCUCAGCUUGCCCAGCAGUUGGAGGAGAGGGAGAGAAGGAUCAAGAACCACCUGGAUAUCGCAUCAAAAGGUCCAUUGAGACAGACCUUCACUCACAACCCUCUACAGCAGUCGACACCAUCCAUUGCAGCAGCAACCAAGUCAGCCAAAGCAAAACAAGCACCCCCGGCAACCGCUGCUAAGAAGAGGCCAUGGGAGGAGACUAUUGGUUGAAGAAGAGUGACGGACAGUUUGAAGGCCCAAUGAAUUAUGCGUUGAUAUUUAUUGAGAGAGAAGUGUGUGGAGGGAUUGGUGGACAGGACAUGGGCGCACAGGGUUUGUCAUAAAUGUAUUCUAAAUAAAGAGCAAACUUCUGUUGCCUUAUAACGCCUGUGUACAUUAUGACAACCUGAAUUCUGAUUUGAAAACAGGAAAUCGUAUAGUUGAUUAUAUCCAUUGGAAUGACUGCAAUGGAAUUGUUAGUCAUAUAUAUAUAUAUACACACACAAUUGACCGUUGUGCUGUUUUAUUUCUGAUAGUUUUCGAAACCUAAGAAGUUAAAGCGGAUAUCCAAUUUGUUGACACCGCAACACAGUUGUCUUGGAAACACAUCCUGAAUGCUAAUCAAUAAAAAUGUGUUAAAUUCGCUGCCCUGUUUUGCUUGUUUACAGCGGGUCAUUUCAUUUGUCACAUAAAAAAAAAAACAUUUAGCAAAUAAAGGAGCUAACAUGGCAGCUGUUCUAAAAACCUGGGCGAUUUCUAUACGUUGCUCUGGUUACAACUUCUGUCUGUAUUCUACUCAUCCAUGGUUGGAAUUUAGAAGAAAAAUGUCAGUCGUAACAUUUCUAUGAGUAAUUUAUUAUAAAUACAGUAAACUAUUUACUAUCCAUCGACUCAACCAACCCCCUCCCCCCUUUGCUUCACAAAGAUCUUAAAAGCUUCAGGUGGGACAGACAUUUACAUAGAACACAAAAGUGGCUAGAGCUACCGACAUUCUACAGUUCUAGUCUUCCCUACAGGUGAUGCCAAAGACGACCUUUAUUGUCAGCAGUGCUGUUUCAAUGAUGAUCUACCUACCCACAUACAAAUUAACCCUCGAAUUAGAUUUCUUUCCUACACGGCUUCAGUAUCUCUUUUUUUGUUAUUCAAUAAUGACAUUUUAUUAAUGCCACUUCACAGGUAUUAGUUGACUUAUACCUCUGUGUUUACAAAGGCAGCCCCAUUCUGAUAUUUUGGCCAAUUAUCGGCAAAAGAGCUGAUCUGAUUGGUCAAAAGACCAAUUGGUGGAAACUGAUCAGAAUUGGGCUGCCUGUGCAGACGCAGCCUACAUCGAAAGAUCCUAAAUAUCAGUAUUUGAGUAAAACAUGUAAGGCAUAGGAAUGGUUCAGUAUUGAUACUUCAGGAGUGUGUGUAUGUGGAACAUCCUCAGAGACAGCUGGAGUGUCAUUCUGGCCAUAGAACAACCCCAUCGUCCAAUGAACAUGAACAUAUCAUGGCGAUGAUUGGUUGGCCAGAGAUUUGGUCCAAUGAAUGGCUGCCGUUUGAAUCAGCCAUCUGAUCGGCAGCCUGUGGCUGAGGGAAAUACUGGCCAGGAGGUGUUUUGUGCGUCUUCAGUGUGUUGGUUCUUAUCUCUUCACUCCAACUUUUCUAUGACAUCCAACUCAGUCACAACAGAAUAGCACACCUUCUGAAUCAACAGACCAAACUUGGC